AUGGCAACGCCCAACCCAGCACGACUGUCCGCCAUCGGUAGCAAGACGCUAACGCUCGCUAUGGAGAGACAGAGGUUGCUCUCCAUCUCUCCACCAAUCCAUUCACCGUUGAAGCCGGCUGGUGGUGCUUCUGGUGGCUCAACGAGUAUUGGACAAAUCACGAAAAACAUGACAACCCUACGGGACGGAAUCGUCGCGAUAGAGACUGCACAAGGAAGCAGUAAUCAGACGGAGUCUCUGAGAGAACAGUAUAAUAGUAUACUUGGUGUUCUUGGAGAGGAGGAGGUGGCUGCUGCCGGACUACCAAGCAUGCCACCUCCACCGCAAAAACCCGCGAAAUCGCUGCUACCAGCCCCGUCGUCGCCACCGCAGACUUCUUCUCCCUUCAGGGACGAUCCGGAGCAAUCCAAUGGGGACAUGUAUUUACAGCAAAAGCAAAUUAUGCAAGACCAAGACACCCAAUUAGAUACACUCUCGCACUCGAUAGGAAGACAACAUCACCUUUCUCUCCAGAUCAAUGAUGAGCUGGGAGACCAGGUUGGUUUGCUAGAUGGACUGGAUGAUGACCUUGAUAGGACUGGAAUGCGAUUGUCUAGGGCCCAGAGGACUUUGGACAGAGUGAGCAGAGGUACCAAGGACAAUUGCUCGGCUGUGACCAUCGCGAUUGUCAUCUAUCUUGUUAUACCUAUGGUUGUUCGAGUAUUCGGAUGCAAUAAUAUUGGAAUCAUGGCAUUCUCCUACUGGAAUCUGAGCUCAGACGAGCACUUUUUGCGCGAUCCCUACCAUUCAAAUAAGGCGAUGAGUAGAUUUUGGCUCAACCGAUUUCCCUGGCCAGACUGUGGCACACUCAGAGCUUUUAUCUACCCUGAGCAGAUGCGCUCUGCCAUGCGAACCUGCAUGGAUUCUCCUGCCGCGCUGCAACUCGGCAGCACGACCAUCCUGACAUGCUACUAA